UGUGUGUUCUUUUGUAAAUAGAUGAUAAGUCCGAACACUUUAUUGUGAUAGAUUUCCGAUUAGUUUCCGCCUUUCAACCAGACUAACAACUUCCUGUUGGGGUACAUCACCAUGGUGCCUUCACCUGCAAUCGUAGGCGCUCCACAGCAUCUUAUAGGAAAUAAGAAAUCCUAAUGAUCCAUCAGUUCUCUGUAAAAUAAAACCAGCAUUCCCAGAAAGUCACAUAAACCUUAGAGAGUAGAAAUGUCUGUUUUACACACAAGUUUUUGUGUUUUCCUCUCUGAUGAACAGAAGUUGAUCCUUAUGAUUAGCUUCAUUCCUUGCUUUUGUUCCACCAUACCACAGCAGGGCAACUUGUUGACUGUAUAUAAAGUUCCUCCAUGCUGUCGGACCACAGAUGUCACUGCAGGCUUUUUCUAAAGGAAAACGUCUUCUUUCAGCUGCUCCCUCUUGGCGUCUCCACAGCACAUCAUCUGCCUCCAUCUCCCCCGUUCCAGCAUCCUCCUUCCUCACAUCAGCCCUCUGCGUGUCCUUCACUGCAUCCAUGAAUCUUUCCCAUAGGAAACAUUCUUUUCUCCUGAUUCUUAUACUCUCCCCGAGCACUGAAACUUUGAUGCAACAUGCCUUAUUCACACCCAUUCACACUUUUUCUAUGCAGUGGUGCUUUCUUUCUAGCGUCCACACUCUGAUGGAUGCAUCAGAGACCGUUUACCACCGGGGUUAGUAUCUUGGCCAAGGUUACUACAGCUUUGCAUCGACUUCUUUACAGCGGCUCUCACUUCCUCCGCCUUCCUCUACACUUCCUGAUUCAUCCUCCUCUCCAAUUGUCUUCCUUAAUCAGCUCCUCCGGGAGCCUUUUUCAGCCCCCUUUACUUGUUAGUACGCUUCCAUCUGCACAUCCUUUCCAAAUCUGCCUAUUGACAAAUGCCCGUCUCUCCUUGCUUUGUAAAUAAAAUGGCUAAGAAUAGAUGAUUUUGUGGAAAUCCACCACUGAAAUAAUUCUGGUCACAGCUCAGUGAUCACGUCUCUGCCUCAGGGUGUCACUGCUGAGCUCUCUCCUCAUUUCACAACUGAAAACAGUUUCGGUUUCAUUUCUACGCAGAGCUGCGGCUCGUUUUUCUGGCUACAAGACACUGUGGUCCACUCAGCCAUGAGUCAGUGUGGAGACACAGAGGAGGGGGGCACACCAUCUAAACAUGCCAAGAGCAUGGAAGCCUGCCUGGGCAAUGAAGAUACGGGGUGAGACAAGAACUUCUUAUACGGCAUACAAACUAGUACUAUUUCAUUUUAAAAUAAUCCUGAGGCAAUGCUCUGUGGGGGUCUCCCCCCAUGGCAAACACAGUGAGCCAUGUUGUAAAGGAAGUGGAGUAACCAUGUGGGCUUCACCAAGUUAUGUCCCUCUAUGUAUUUGUUUAUCCAAAAAAUCAGUUUUUAAAGCAAAUGUUUACAAAUAGAAAGUAAGUAUAAUAAAAUCAUUGACACAUAAUGACUGGAUUUGAUAUCUUUGAAAUUUAAUAUACAGUAUGCUGUUUCCCUACCAGGAUGCCGAAGCAGUUAGCAGGCUCUCCUCUGUCCAGCUCUAUGUCCAUGAAAAGUGACUGGUCUAUGGACCCGCCUUUAAAUUUCAAAGAAGGGAACCUCUCUGUUGACAAAAGAGUCAGGCAACAAAAGUCUGAGGUUCAUAGCUGUCAGUCUGCUCAGCAGCAUCAAACAACGUUGGACUCAGUUUUUAUGCUGCUUGAAGAGAACAUCAUCACUUUUGUGAAGAAUGAGCUUAAAAGGUUUCAGAGGAUUCUGCAGCGUUCCACCUGCCCAGAGAAGGACAGCGAGGAUGAGGAUGUGUUAGCUUCUAAGGCUGAAGAGCAGACAUGGAGCACCAGGGAGGCUUUUGUGAAGAUCACACUGGACUUUCUGAGGGGGAUGAACCAGGAGGAGCUGGCUGUCUGUUUGCAGAGCAGAGUGGGUGCAUCCAUUUGCCAGGAUAAACUCAAAUUAAAUCUUAGAAGGAAGUUCCAGCAUUUGUUUGAGGGAAUUACUAAAGUAGGAAACCCAACACCUCUCAAUCAGAUCUACACAGAGCUGUACAUCACAGAGGGAGGGACCGGAGAGGUCAGUGACGAACAUGAGGUCAGACAGAUCGAAACAGCAUCUAGACGACGUGCGAGGUUAGAAAAGACAAUCGCCUGUAAAGACAUAUUUCAGCCGCUGCUGGGAAGAGAUCAACCAGUCAGAACAGUGCUGACAAAGGGAGUGGCUGGUAUUGGGAAAACGAUAUUAACACAAAAGUUCACUCUAGACUGGGCAGAAGGCAAAAACAACCAAGAUAUCCAGUUUACAUUUCCAUUCACUUUCAGGGAGCUAAAUGGAUUAAAGGAGGAAAAGUUCAGCUUGGUAGAACUCGUUCAUCUCUUCUUCUCUGAAACAAAGGAUGCAGAAUUUUGCAGAUUUGAAGACUUCCAGGUUGUGUUUAUCUUUGACGGUCUAGAUGAGUGUCGCCUUCCUCUGGACUUUCAAAAUAAUAAGAUCCUAACUGAUGUCACAGAGUCCACCUCAGUGGAUGCACUGCUGACAAACCUUAUCAGAGGAAAACUCCUUCCAUCUGCUCGACUCUGGAUAACCACGCGGCCUGCAAUGGCCAGUCAUAUUGAUCCUAAAUGUGUUGACGUAAUAACAGAAAUCAGAGGGUUCACUGACUCGAAGAAGGAGGAGUACUUCAGGAAGAGUUUCAGGAAUGAAAAGCAGGCCAGCAGGAUCAUUUCCCACAUUAAAGCAUCACAAAGCCUCCACAUCAUGUGCCACAUCCCAGUCUUCUGCUGGAUCACUGCUACGGUUCUGGAGGAUGUGCUGAAAACCAAGAAGGGAGGAGAGCUGCCCAAGAACUUGACAGAGCUGUACAUCCACUUCCUGGUGGUUCAGGCCAAAAUGAAAAAGGUCAAGUAUGAUGGAGGAGCUGAGACAGAUCCACACUGGAGUCCAGAGAGCAGGAAGAUGAUUGAAUCUCUGGGAAAACUGGCUUUUGAUCAGCUGCAGAAAGGAAACCUGAUCUUCUAUGAAUCAGACCUGACAGAGUGUGGCAUUGAUAUCAGAGCAGCCUCAGUGUACUCAGGAGUGUUCACACAGAUCUUUAAAGAGGAGCGAGGACUGUACCAGGACAAGGUGUUCUGCUUCGUCCAUUUGAGUGUUCAGGAGUUUCUGGCUGCUCUUCACGUCCAUCUGACCUUCAUCAACUCUGGAAUCAACCUGCUGGAAGAGGAGCAAACAACCACUCAGAUGUCAAAGCCUAAUCAAUAUGAACUGAAACUCUUCUACCAGAGUGCCGUGGAACAGGCCUUACAAAGUCCAAAUGGUUACUUGGACUUGUUUCUACGUUUCCUUUUGGGUUUGUCACUGCAGUCCAAUCAGACUCUCCUACAAGGACUACUCAAAGAGACAGGCGUAAACUCACAGAUAAACCAGGAAGUAGCCAAGUACAUCAGGGAGAACAUUGGGGAGAAUCUGUCCCCAGAGAGAAGCAUUAACCUGUUCCACUGUCUGAAUGAGCUGAACGACCACUCUCUAGUGGAAAGGAUCCAACAGUCGUUGACAUCAGGAAAUCUUUUCACGGUUAAACUAUCCCCUGCUCAGUGGUCUGCUUUGGUCUUCAUCUUACUGUCUUCAGAAAAAGAUUUGAAUGAGUUUGACCUGAGGAAGUACUCUGCUUCUGAAGAAGGUCUUAUGUGGCUGCUGCCAGUGGUCAAAGCUUCCAGUAAAUCUCUGAUGAUUGGAUGUAACCUUUUGAGCAGAAGCUGUAAAGCACUGUCCUCUGUUCUUAGCAAGUCCUCUAGUUUAAAAGAGCUGGACCUGAGUUACAACAACCUGCAUGAUUCAGGCAUAAGGACAAUGUUUGCAGAUCUGGAGAAAAACUUUAAACUUGAGGUUCUCAGGCUAAAUGGCUGCGAGCUUUCAUGGAGAAGCUGUAAAACUCUCUCCAGAGUUCUCAGCAGUCAGUCCUCUACUCUGGAAGUGCUGGAUCUAAAUAAUAAUGAGUUGACGGAUUUAGCAGUCACGUAUCUCUUCACGCCACUUGAGAGUCAACUGUGUACACUGAAGAUUGUCAGGCUGGGUGGCUGUAGCCUGUCGAAUGAAAGCUGUGAAGCUCUUGCUUCAGUCCUCAGUUGCCAGUCAUUCAGUAUGAUAGAGCUGGACCUGAACAAUAAUGACCUGCAGGACUCAGGAGUGGCGCUGCUGUCUUGUGGAUUGAAGAGUCCUCAGUGCAAACUUGAAACUCUCAGCUUGUCAGGUUGUCUGAUAACAAAGAAGGGUUGUGCUUCGUUGAGCUCAGCACUGAGUUCAAACCCUUCUCAUCUAAGAAAGCUGGAUCUGAGUUAUAAUCACCCAGGACCCACAGGAGUGACGCUCUUCUCUGCUGCACUGCAGGAUCCACACUGCAGAUUGGACUCUCUAAGGCUGGACAGCUGCGGAGCUCAACGAUUGAAACCAGGACUGAGGAAAUACGCCUGUGAACUCAAAAUGGACCCGAACACAGUACACAGGAACCUUUACCUGACAGAAAACAACAUUGUGACAGAUGACGACGAGGAAUGGCUGUAUCCAGAUCACUCUGAGAGGUUUGAGUGCUGGUACCAGCUGAUGUGUACACGUGGCCUGACUGGUCACUGUUACUGGGAGGUGGACUGGAGUGGGCUGGUAUCUAUAGGAGUGACUUACAGAGGGAUUAAAAGGAGUGGUGAUGGUAUUGACAGUCGUAUUGGUGGGAACAACAUCUCCUGGAGUCUGGACUGUUCUGCUGACAAUUAUUCUGCAUGGCAUAAUAACUCAGUCCGGAUCAUAGAUAGCCCUGCUCCCUCCACUGAAACGAACAGAGUGGGAGUGUAUUUGGACUGGUCUGCUGGCACUGUAUCCUUCUACAGAAUCAUUUUUGAUACACCAACACACAUCCACACGUUCCACUGCAGCUUCACCGAACCUCUUUAUCCUAUCUUCAGGAUACGGUCAGAGUUCACCUGUGGUGUUUACAACUCUGUGUCUCUAUGUCAGAUGGAUGCAGAAGACUAGAGACAAACUGCUUUCCUUACACGUUUAUUUGAAGCAUUUUAUAAUUUGAAGAUAACUGACAAACAUGGACUAUAAUGGACUAUAACAGACACAAAGUUUUACAUCUUGGUUUGGCAGCUGCAAGUCCUGUAAGAAGCAACAACUGAAUAGCAUUGUUAAGACUGCCAGGAGGAUUGUUGGUGCCCCUCUCUCGCCUCUGGAGGAGAUCUACAAACAGGGCCGCAUACACAGAGCUAUCUCCAUCAUCAGAGACCCCCACCACCCGUCUCAUGGCCUGUUCUUCCUCCUGCCGUCUGGCAAGAGGUACAGGAGCAUCAGCUGCAGAACCACCAGGAUGCUGGAAGGCUUCUUUGCACAAGCUGUGAGACUGAUAAAUGGACUGUGCCCCCUCCCCAUCCACUCAGCUACUCACACAGCUACACUGUAAGAUCCACAAUCGGACUGUGAUGCCCCCUAUCUGCGCACACACACACACACACACACACACACACACACACACACACACACACACACACACACACACACACACACACACAAUAUACUCCCCAGAUACACACACUACUUACUUUAACAACUCCCUUCUGUGAAAGGGCUGCUGCUACCUGUAUGAGUGUGACUGUUUAGACUUGUGUUUGUUUUAGAAUUUAGAUUUUAUGUUCUUUAUCCCCAUUUAUUGUUACGAUUUUUUACUGCUCUUUUUAAAACUUUUUCUUUUUUAAAUUGUAUUGACUAUUGCACUGUAGAGGCUGGUGAGAAACAGUAUUUCAGCCUGGGUAACACCAAUGACAAUAAACGUGAAACUAAUAGACUAUAAAGAUGGAAAAUUAAGGAGAAGAGCAUUACAGGACAUCCAGGCCUUUAUACGUUUAAUACAUGCCUGUAUUGCUGUUUGUAUCACUUGGCUUCAUGUAUAAAUAAAGAGAAGGGUAUUAUCUGCACUGUUUUCAAUGACACAGCCUAAGGGAAUCAUGUAUGCUAUAAAAACUGUUGGUCGCAGCAGAGAACCUAGUGAAACUUCACACCAACUCUUUUGAAGAAGAGGACUCCCUAUUUACUUGAAUAAACUGUAAAUUAUCAGAUCGUUAUGAUUCACUCAUGUGUAGCUUAAAUGCUGAAAUAAAUCUGUCUUGGACCAUUGUCAGA